AUAGGUCUCAUAAUACAUCCAUGGUGACUGCGUCAUCGUUCCCUUCCGGCGCGUCCUGAUACUGCAGGCAGCGUGCGACAGGGUAGCCUGGGCUCCCGAGCUGGCAGCAGCAGCCUGGCGGACAGAGAUGGCUGCGCCCACGGAGCAGAGCCGCGGUGGAGGAUUUUCUGGGUCUCCGUGGACGGUGACGCCUUGGUGGCGGCUCGCUGUGCUCCUGUUCUCCGUGUCCUCGUUGCCGGCGAUCACGGCGCUGCUGGAGGGCCUGUACUGUGGCACGGAGGUCUGCUACGAUGUGCUCGGCGUUACCCGGGAGGCCUCCAAAGCCGAGAUCGCCCGGGCUUACCGGCAACUGGCUCGCCGGUACCAUCCGGACCGGUUCAGGCCGGGAGAGCCCGGCUUGGAGGAAGAGACCCAGGAGUUCGCACAGAAGAAGUUCCUCCUCAUCGUGACCGCGUACGAGACGUUAAAGGACGAGGACACUCGGCGGGACUAUGACUACAUGCUGGACCAUCCUGAGGAGUACUACCAGCAUUACUAUGCCUACUACCGCCGACAGCUCACCCCAAAAGUGGACGUCAGGAUCGUCAUCCUGGUCACCAUCUGUGCCAUCUCCAUUUUCCAGUACUACAGCUGGCACAGCAGCUACAACGAGGCGAUCAACUACCUGGUGACGGUCCCCAAAUACCGAAUCCAGGCCACGGAGAUCGCCAAGCAGCAGGGCCUCCUCAACCGCUCCAAGGAGAAGGGCAAAAACCGUCGCUCCAAAGAAGAGAUCCGGGAGCAGGAAGAGGAGGUGAUUCGUGACAUCAUCAAAAACAAGAUCGACAUUAAAGGAGGCUACCAAAAGCCCAACCUGUCAGACAUCCUGCUAUGUCAGAUCGUGCUCUUCCCCUACUACCUGACCAACUAUGUGGCCUGGUAUGUCUCCUGGGUUUACCGCUUCACCAUAUGCAGGGAGGAGUAUGGAGACAAUGAAAAACUCUACAUCAUCAGGAGGUACAUGAAGAUGUCUCAAUCUCAGUUUGACAGUCUGGAUGAAAACACAAGACAGUCCUUCCUGGAGAAACAGCUCUGGAUCAAAGAAAACUACGAGGUGUACAGAAAGGAGCAGGAGGAGGAAAUGAAGGUAAAGAUGGCGACCGAUCCAAGGAUGAAGAGGUACCGCCGAUGGAUGAAGAACGAGGGACCAGGGCGGUUGACAUUCAUUGAUGACUGACGGCCGCAAGCUCCGUUUGUAACAUACACACCUGCCUCAGUGCCAACAUACACAGAAAACACAUGCCGCGCUGUGUGGAGAAAAACCUGUGCAGAAAGAUUAACUAUGCUUGUUUAUAUAGUGAGAGAUAUUUUCAUAACAAUCAGGCCUCAUUAAGGGCAUGACCGAGUGGAAUAAACUGUGAGCUGAGAAAAUAGUAGUAAUUUUUUUACAUAAUGCUGUUUUUUUUGUUUUUUUUUCAAACCAAGUAAAUUUAAACAAGUUGAAUGAUUGUUUUAAACUUUUCUUGUGUCAUUUCAGCUGUUUUUGUUUUCUCCUGCCGGUCAAAACGGAUGAAUGAGUUUUGGGGCCUGAAUUAUUUUGAAAUGAUUUCUGUUGCAUAACAAACAUGAUGAUCCUGGUGCAAGGUGAUUAACAUAAUGACUAGUAACCAGAACACCACCAGUUUGCCACAGCCAACAGUACAAAGUGUCCUAGGGUCAGGCAUUGGGCUACCAUCUGCUCACUGUUUAUGCUGCACAUGAGCAUCAGAAUCUGAAGUGUUAAAUGAGGAAGGAGUAUUUGCAUUUUUGCUUUUAUGAUGAAUGACCCAGGGCCAGUGUAUUUUGAAGAACUGUGACAUUUUGGUUCACUUUCCAUCUCACAGCCAGAUGAGAGGAUGGAUAUCAUUUUGAAUCUAGGAUGUAUUAAGUGUAGCUAAUCACAAAGACUAGAACCAGGGGGAUCUGUUAGCCAAGCUCCAGAAACAAGAAAAUCCACCUUAUAAUAAUGCCAAAGCUGUCUGGUUUACAUGUUUGAUCUUGCUUAUGGAACAGGUGUAGAAUUUAAAAAAUGUAAAAAUGAGGGAUUAGGUGGAAAAUUAUAUAAUACUUCUCAACCGACUCUUAGGAAGAAGAUGGUAAAAAAAUUAGUUGUACAAACAUAAAGAAGAGCAAACUGUGGAUCCUGAUAAACGGGAUUAAACGGAUGACUUUCUUUAGGGAUUCUCUUUUCUGGUUUGAUCUGUGCUGUUGAAGCUUUUUUUAUCAGAAAAGAAGCAGAAGAAAAAAGCGACAAAGACAUUGUUUGUGUAACUCAAACCUUUUUGUGUAAAUGUGAAAGCCAAAGUCACAACUGCAAGUAUCUGUAAAUUGUGCAAAAAGCACGUUUAUCACCCAGGGAGUCUUUAAUCCUGGUUUCUGCUCUCUCUCUUCAGAAGUGCAGGUGACCGCUUACUGUUUACUGCAUUUUGCAACUUGGUUUUACUUAUAAUUUAUUUCAGUUAUCAUUUUUGUGCUAAGGUUGCAGUAAAGUCAUACUGUAACUUCAGUCAUACAUAUUAUGAACAAAGGAAAGUUGUUUGUUUUUUUGUUUGUUUUUUUUGUCUUUCCUAAACGGUGAGUGUCAGCAGGCCUCAAACCCGUCCUUCGAACAACAGUACAGUCCACUGUGAUCAAGGACAGCAGGCCUGUAGCUGUGAGUUGCAUAAUAAAGACCCUUUGACAAGA